CUCUCUCUCCGCUCUCCUGUAUAUAAACCGCAACGCAGCUCGCUCUCUAUUCCCAGAUUUUAUCAUCACUAGAGCCAAAACCAAAGAGAAAGAAAGAAAGAAAUACAUGGGGAAUUGUAUGAGGCACGAGGAAUCGUCGUCGGUGAACUGGGGAGGUGAGGACUGGGGUUCUCUGGCGAAUGAUGAUCGAGAUCACAAGCAUAUGAGGAAGACGAAGAAGAUAGAAGCAGAAGAAGAGGAAGGGCUUCUUGGAGGUGAAGAAGAUGGUGGUAGAUUUGCUGGUUCUUACGAUUCACCGAAGACGAAAGCUCAACCAGCAGGAGGAGCUAAUACAGAAGUGAAGAUAAAGAUGACGAAGAAGCAGCUGGAGGAGUUGAUGGGUAGGGUGGAGCUGAAGCAAAUGACUGUACAGCAGGUUUUGGCACAGUUGAUCAUGAGCGUUAGUAGUAGUAGUACCGAUCCAUACGAGGCUGAUCAUCAGCGUCCGUGGAGGCCUGUUCUUCAGAGCAUUCCCGAGGUCAAUUGAUCGUGAUCAUCAUCAUCAUGAAUCGAUCGACCUUGAUCAUUUUUCCUGUAGUUUUGUACAUGUUGUCAAUACUACUGUAGAAAUUUUGUUCAGUUUUGUAAAUUCUCUAGAUGUUAAUUAACUCCUAGAGUACAGAAAUUAGUUACGCAAUUUUUGCUUCAGAAAUUCUCGUACGUAUAUAUGAAUCUAUUACCAUCUUUUACUCUUUCUGAUGUU